CUGCGCAUGCGCCUGACUGGAAGGUUGGGGAGGUGAGCGUUGGGGUCGAGGCGCGAGGCGGUUGCUGCUCCCCACCCUGCGCGCUGAGCGAGGCCGUUAGUUGGAGCGGCGGCGUCAUGCGGCUGUGGCUGGCGGCGGUGCUGGGGCCGUGGGCGCUGCUGGGCGUGUGGAGCGCUCCGCAGGUCAAGCCCAACCUGCCGAGCAUCACCAACCCCACCUUCAUAGAGCAGUGCGAGUACUACCACAAUCACUUCCGCAGGCUGGUCGUUCCCCCGGCUGCCAACAUGCACUACAUGACUUGGGAUGCAGCCUUGGCAAGAAAUGCAAAGGCAUGGUCAAGGAAGUGUCUUUUUAAGCAUAAUCCAUCUUUACACGCCAAAGAUAUACAUCCAUAUUUCACACCACUCGGCGAAAAUAUUUUUACUGGAAAUCACCGGGCAUUCAGUGUAAAAGAAGCCGUUCAGCUUUGGCAUGACGAAUACAAGGAUUAUACUUAUGAGACUCGCAAAUGUACUGCCAAAUGUGGUCAUUAUACUCAGGUAGUUUGGGAUAAUUCUUAUAAGGUAGGCUGUGCUGUUUCCUUUUGUCCUGAAGUUGCAGGAAUAAAAAAUGCAGGGCAUUUUAUAUGCAACUAUGCACCAAGUGGCAAUUAUCCAAGAAAACCUUAUCAAAAAGGAGCACCGUGUAGUCAGUGCCCACGUGGGGACACCUGUGUGAAUAAACUAUGUAAAAAUGCAACACGUGAUCAAAUUAUUGAAUACUUUAAUUGGCGUCCGCCAUGGGUGAAAGGAUGUGAUGAAUUCUGCAUUUAUAUUGUAGCUUUAAGACCAUCACUGACAUUAUUGGCUUGUGUAGCUGUUUUUUUUAUCAAGUUAUGUUAUCCAAAUAUGCGUACAUCUUAAGAACCUGUAUUGGAAUAUAAGUCAAAAGGAUUCUACUUAAUGAAAAAGGUUUCAAGUGAGAAAGAGGAAUACAUCAUACCAGCAUGAAUACCAAGACAAUUUUCCCUCGAUUAAUAUUUUUACAAUGUAUUUGAUAAUUAUUUUAUUUAUAUAUAUAUAUGGUGCUUUAAAUGCUAAUGGGCUAUAAUGGGCUAAUGGACUAUAAAAAAUAAGUUACUUUUGACAAAAACCUUACAAAAGAUGUUUCUCAUUUUAUAAAUAAAGAUGUGAAAGCACCAAAGAAAAGACAAAAAAUUUAAGUUAAAUGUAACAAUCUAGUAAGAUUCAGUUGAUAACCAGAAACUGAAUUUUAAUUAUCCAAUUUUAAUGAAUAGAUGGCAUGUCUAGCCAACAAACAUUAAUGUGAAAUAUACAGCAGAUCAAAUACUGAGAAACAUAGUAGCCCAAAUAUUAAAAUGGCUAUUGCUUAACAGAGGUUAAUACAAAAUUAAAAUCAUAUUGUUAUGGACCCAGCUCUGUUUUUCUAGAGCCAAUGAUAAAAUUCUGGAUAAGUGGGAUCAGGAUUUUUAUAGGAAGAUAUUUCUUCGUCAAUAUAAAAUUGUUCUGCUAUGUACAUAUUUUUUAGAGUUAUACAUUUAUGAAUGCCUUUUAUUCAUUGAAGUCUUAAGGAUUAAACACAUUAUUUCUUCAAGUAUUUUGUUCCUAACUAAUUUUGAACUUAAAAACACAUGUAAUAAGCACUUAGAAUAAUAUAUUCAAAUUUAGAUAGUAUUGUAUUUUCUGUUUUAACAAUCUCAAACAUUGUUAUUUAAAAGUAAGAUAUUUGUCUAGGUUUUAUUUUUUAUUCAAUAGUAAUAAAGAUACAAAAAUAAUUACAUAAUGAAAUAAAUAAAGUUUUAUCUCAAAACCAUCCCAGUUCCCCUGUUAACACAUAUGUAACUUUCUUUAUCAAAUAGAAUAGAGAAACAAAAUAUUUUUGCUUAGGUACAUGUUAACUUAAAUUGCUUCAAAGGAGCACAUAAAUAUACUUAGUAAUUCCAAUGUUUUUUCUUUAAUUAUAAAAUACGCUAGUUUCUGUACCCAAAUACACAAGUGUAACAGUCAGCCAGGACUGGUUCAGUAUGUUUAGUAUUCACUGAUAUUACUUACAACCAUUCUACUACAUAUCCUAAAUCUGCAUGUAACUAUUAAAAAUUGUAUAUUUCGAUAUUAUAUGUAUAUUUCAAGACUAUAUGUUUCACCUUUAUUAUAAAAAGCACAAGAUUAAAAUUCUAUAACUUUUCAGGCACAGAGCUCAAGAUGAAGUUAGAUUUGCGUGUAAAUUCAUGUGAUCUUCACAUAGGCUCAUAAGGAAGAGUUUAGCCCCUAUUGCCUUUAUACAUAUCAGUCCAGUUCUAAAAUGUUGUUUUCUCAUAUAUGAUGACAAUUAUGCUUAGAACUGAACAGAUUCCUGUUAAAGAACGUUCCAAAGUGAUUUUUUCUUUGUUUUUUUUUUCUUUAUUGGGGGAGCAGGUGAAAUUAUGAUCAGGGAUCCAGAUUUUGUUUCCUAUGGAAAAGGCGGGGGGCAGGGGGGAGCAGAUUUUCCCUUUUGACUAAGAAAAAUGUGGAUUUUUCAUUUUAACCAAGAAACACAUGGAUUUUCCACUUUUGCAAAGAGCUCUCUGCAAGCUGGCAGAGUUCAAGCCUGCGAGCAGCUGGGGGGAGUGGAAGGAAGGCAGUCAGGCAGGAGGUGCCACGUGCAUGUGCGCACGUAUGCAUGCACAUGGGUGCCAGGCAGCCUGGAGAGCAGAUCCUCACAGGUAAGUCUGGCAGGAAG